UUUCACUUCCAAUCCUCCUGAACGUAAACAAAUCAUGACUAUUCAAGCAACUUCUUCAAUGGCUCCAUCGUCGCAGAUUGCCGUACAACGAUCACCGUGGCACUCACCAGUUCCUUACCUAUUUGGAGGUCUUGUUGCUAUGUUGGGCCUCGUUGCUUUUGCUCUCUUGAUCCUCGCUUGCUCUUACUGGAACAUCUCCCCAAAUGACGAAGGAGACCUUGAGUCCGGAAACCAUAACCACAACGAACCCUCCAAACCCGUUAAACAAAAAGAGUCCCCUGUGUUAGAAGAGAAGUAUCUCGUAAUCAUGGCUGGACAAGUGAACCCAACGUUUUUGGCAACUCCCAUUUCUAGCCCAGCGUCGUCUUUUGGUAGUUGUAGUUGUGGGGGUAACUCGACUGUCGCGAGGGACAAGUCUUCCAUGCCCGAUGAGGAGAAAGAGAGUUGUGAUCAGCUACAAAUAUCGAAUAUGGAGAACCAUGAGACUGUGUAACUCCCUUAGUGAUUUUGAUUACAUAAGUUUUGUUUCUUUUUUCGUAUGAAUCAUUGUAGACUAGAAAUGAUUGAAGAUUAAGCACCCGAGAUUGCGGAUGCAUAGGAGAUAGCGUACGGGCACUUGUAUAGAUUACCAACUCAACUUUUUUGGCAAAUAAAUGAAAAUUUUCCAACUUUUCAGCGUA